AUGAAUUCACCUUACACAGCAUUGCAGUAUUACCCAGAGUUUCCCUUUCAUCGACUCAGGGACCCGUCCCGUUUGUCCUGGAGAGAGAGCUCCUUCCUCACCACCAUGGCCCAGAAUCAGUCUGCACAGACAAGUGAUCUCUUCAGCCAAGAUGUAUUCAACCAACUGUUUGAUAUGCUGGACCAAUCUGCUGCUCACUCAGUCCAGCCCAUCGAACUAAACUUCACAGACAGUCCAACAGAGGAAGGAAACACCAUCCAGAUCAGUAUGGACUGCAUCACUAUGCAUGAGCCAGAUGAGACGCUUUCUUCACAGUACACAAAUCUGGGGCUCCUGAACAGCAUGGAUCAGAACAUUCAAAACGGUGGCUCGACCUCUACCAGCCCCUACAACAAUGACCACGCACAGAACAACGUGACAGCCCCAUCACCCUACGCCCAGCCCAGCUCCACCUUUGAUGCCCUUUCCCCCUCACCGGCCAUCCCAUCCAACACAGAUUACGCUGGGCCCCACACCUUUGAUGUGUCCUUCCAGCAGUCCAGUACAGCAAAGUCUGCCACCUGGACGUACUCAACAGAACUAAAGAAGUUGUAUUGCCAAAUUGCCAAGACAUGUCCGAUUCAGAUCAAAGUGUUGACCACCCCACCACAAGGUGCUGUCAUCAGAGCCAUGCCUGUUUACAAGAAAGCUGAACAUGUGACCGAGGUGGUGAAACGCUGCCCAAACCACGAGCUGAGCCGCGAGUUCAAUGAUGGUCAGAUAGCUCCUCCGAGUCAUCUGAUCCGUGUGGAGGGAAACAGCCACGCCCAGUAUGUGGAGGACUCCAUCACUGGGAGACAGAGUGUCUUGGUUCCCUAUGAACCUCCCCAGGUCGGGACAGAAUUCACUACAAUUUUGUACAACUUUAUGUGCAACUCGAGCUGCGUGGGUGGAAUGAACAGACGCCCGAUCCUCAUCAUUGUCACUCUGGAAACCAGAGACGGUCAGGUAUUAGGCCGCCGGUGCUUCGAGGCCAGGAUCUGUGCCUGCCCGGGCCGAGACCGGAAGGCGGAUGAAGACAGCAUCCGCAAGCAGCAUGUAACGGACGCCACAAAGAGCAGUGAGGGUACGAAGCGCCCCUUCCGCCAAGUUUCCCAUGGCAUACAGAUGUCUACCAUCAAGAAGAGAAGAUCUACAGAUGAGGAGGUUUUUUGUUUGCCUAUCAAAGGCCGUGAAAUUUAUGAGAUUUUGGUAAAAAUCAAAGAGUCUCUGGAACUCAUGCAGUUUCUGCCCCAACAUACAAUUGAGUCGUACAGGCAGCAGCAGCAGAAUCUCCUCCAGAAACAGAAUUCAAUGCAGUCUCAGCCUUCCUACGGCUCCAACUCCCCAACUCACGGAAAAGUCAACAAGCUGCCCUCCGUCAGCCAGCUCAUCAACCCCCAGCAGCGUAACACACUCACCCCGUCCAGCAUGUCUGGAGGCCUGACUGACAUGACUCCCAUGAUGGGCACUCACAUCCCCAUGAACGCUGACAUGAGUUCACUGAGCCCCACACAUGCACUGCAGUCCCAGCUUCCCUUGGUGCCUUCCUCCCACUGUACUCCCCCUCCUCCAUACCCAAUGGACAGCAGCAUCUCCAGCUUCCUCAUUCGGCUGGGCUGCGCAGGCUGCUUGGAUUACUUCACAGCACAGGGCCUAACCAACAUCUACCAGAUUGAGAACUAUAACAUGGAGGACCUGUCCAGGCUGAAGAUCCCUGCUGAGUUCCAGCACAUCAUCUGGAAGGGCAUCAUAGAGCACCAACAGGCCAUGGAUUUUUCCCCACCUCCCCACAUAGUGCGCACCACCAGCGGGGCCUCCACUGUCAGCGUGGGCUCCUCUGAGGCCCGAGGCGAGCGCGUCAUCGACGCAGUGCGUUUCACCCUGCGCCAGACCAUCUCCUUCCCACCGCGCGACGAGUGGUCCGACUUCUCCUUCGACCUGGAUUCUCGCCGCAACAAACAGCAGCGCAUCAAGGAGGAGGGAGAGUAA